ACUCUCAAUGCGCGGUGGUUUCAACAGUGCCCCUCGAGGUCAGCGAAUAGGUUCACGUCAAUGCCAAACAUAAAGGUGUUUUCUGGCAGCUCAAAUCGAGACCUGGCUCAAAAGAUAGCCGAUCGUAUUGGCUGUCGACUAGGGAAAGUUACUUCUAAAAAGUUCAGUAAUCAGGAGACAAGUGUUGAGGUUGAGGAGUCAGUCCGCGGGGAAGACGUGUAUAUAAUACAAACUGGCGGUGGGGAAGUCAAUGACAACCUUAUGGAACUACUCAUAAUGAUUAGCGCCUGUAAGAUCGCUUCAAGUUCCCGAGUGUCCGCAGUCAUCCCCUGUUUCCCAUACGCAAGGCAAGACAAAAAGGACAAGUCACGCGCUCCUAUCUCUGCGAAAUUAGUAGCUAAUAUGCUGUCAGUUGCCGGAGCUGAUCAUAUCAUAACAAUGGACUUACACGCCAGUCAAAUCCAAGGAUUUUUCGAUAUUCCUGUUGAUAAUUUGUAUGCUGAGCCUGCAGUUAUCAAAUGGGUCAAAACAAAUAUACCAGAAUGGAAAGAUUGUUGUAUUGUUAGUCCAGAUGCUGGUGGCGCUAAAAGAGUAACUUCAAUCGCAGAUCAGUUAAAUGUUGAUUUCGCCUUGAUUCACAAAGAACGGAAACGUGCAAACGAAGUGGAUCGUAUGGUUCUUGUUGGAGAUGUAAAUAACCGUGUCGCUAUCCUGGUUGAUGAUAUGGCAGAUACAUGUGGAACGAUAUGCACUGCGGCAGACAAAUUGAUUGAAGCUGGCGCUGAGCGUGUUUACGCUAUCUGCACUCAUGGUAUAUUUUCAGGCCCAGCUCUGGAGCGAAUUAAUAAGUCAGCUUUCGAAGCUGUCGUUGUAACAAAUACUUUGCCACAAGAAGAAAAUAUGCGGAAAGCUCCUAAAAUUCAGUGUAUUGAUGUAAGCACUAUGUUGGCUGAAGCUAUCCGUCGAACACAUAAUGGUGAAUCUGUCUCCUAUCUAUUUAAUCAUGUCCCUUUGUAAGAACAACAAUAAUAAUCCUGAAUAAAUCACCUUUCAAAUGAUAAAAUAAGAGACAAACUGGAAAAGAUUGUUUUCUUUAUCACUAUCCACUUUACAUUUGUAUUUUCAGCAUGUUAAGAUUUUUUUUUUCUUUCGAAAACUUCUAUAUUUUCUAGUCUUGUUCCAUUUAAUCUAAUGUAUUUUGUUCAUCGAACUAUUCCAUAAUGAAAUAUCUCUAUUCAUCAUUAAAUGCUUCGAAUGUUGUUUGUUUUGUUUCUUUUUUUUGUAACAGAAAAUAAUUGAUUUACCUAU